AAUACACGAAGGAACAGAAAACUACAACUACCGAAGUGCCUACACGCCAGUUAUUUACACUGGCCGACCGAAAGUCUAUAUUCAGUGCAGGAAACUCGGGCUCUUGCCGCUGCCGUUCGCUGUGAGACGAUGCCGGAAGGCCCGGAGCUGCACUUGGCCAGCCUGUUUGUGAACAAGGUCUGCACCGGCCUUGUGUUCACUGGGGCCGUGCAGAAGUCUGCUAUCAGCAAAUGUCCCGAAGUGCCCUUUACAUCUGAUGCAUACAGCAUCACUGCCAUCUCCCGUGGGAAGGAGGUCCGACUGACCCUCAACCCCAUCCGGGCUGGGAAGGUUAAUCGUGCUGUGGCUCAGUCCAUGGAUGUGGUCUUCCGUUUCGGAAUGUCAGGUUACUUCUCCUUCAAUAAGGUGGAGGAGCUACCCAAACACGCCCAUCUGCGCUUCUACACCAAAGAGAAAAUCCCCAAGGUGCUGAGUUUCGUGGACCCCCGCCGGUUUGGCAGCUGGCAGCCCAAUGGAACCUGGCAGGCAGAGAGGGGGCCUUGUGUGAUGCUCGAGUAUCAGCAGUUUCGGCUCAACGUUCUAUCACACCUGUCAGACCGUUCAUUUGAGAAGCCUAUCUGUGAGGCUUUGCUCAACCAGAAGUACUUCAAUGGUAUAGGGAAUUAUCUACGAGCAGAAAUCCUUCACAGACUAAGCAUCCCACCGUUUGUCAAAGCGAGGAAUGUACUUGAGAGACUUCAGACAAAGGAAGCGUCCGGGGAUGAAUGGAAGCUCAGUGAAGAUGAGGCGCCCAACGAGAAGUUGAGGACGGAAACAGCUGACCUUCUGAGCUUGUGUCACACAGUCCCGAUGGAAGUGGUGAACUUAGGUGAGAAGGGAUACGAACCAGCCAAGAAAGAUUACUCUGUCCUUAUGGCAUGGAUGCAGUGCUACUCAGUAGAAGGCAUGAUGUCACUGAGAGACCACAAUGGCAGAACGAUCUGGUUCAAGGGUGAUGCUGGUCCCAUGGCACCUAAAGGACGCAAGUUGGCAAGAACCAAAAAGAGAAAACUGAAAGACGAUGAUGACGACAAUGGGGUUGCUAAAGACAAGCCUUCAAAAAAACUCCCUAAAGGAAGGAAGGGAAAACCGGGAAAUGGGUGUAAAAAGGCCGAGGUUAAGCAGGAAAUCCGGCAAUGGCGACGUGCGGCGAGCCAACCAGGAGUGAGCCGGCAGAGCAGCCGGCGGAUUGUGCGGCUAAAGCGGAACAGCGGCUCAGCGGGACCAGCCGUUUGUAGUGUGACAAAACAGGACAAACACCAAGGGGGGUGAAUACUUUUGCAAGUAGGAGGGCAGAAAAAAAAGGUGGAGUGACCAGCAGAAAAGUCCGGAAGAGCAGCUAACAGUACAGACAGCAGCAGUUUCAGGUUGAUUAAAAGAAAAAAAGCACUUAGAAUCCAGCUUUGUACUUGGACAUUGACUGUAUUAUUUUUGUCAAUGUUUGGUAUUUUAACAAAUACGUUAUUGAUUCAUUAAAAGCAAUACAUUACUAAUGCA